CUCCUCCUCGCUUGCAUUUGCAUAGCUGGGAUCCACAGCCUCCUCCUCCUCCUCGUGUCGGCCUCGUCCACAUCCCCCAUCCAUCCAUCUUGGCUCUCGCCUCCUCCGGGCGAGCGAGGCGGACAGCGACGCAGCCAGAGAGAGAGAGAGAGGGGAGAGGGACAAAGCCGGUAAUAAAGGCGCGCGCACAAGCCAAGCAAAGCACAUUAACGAGGCCAGCCCGCGGGGAACCCCAUUAAAGACACCGGGGGAGCGAGGAAGCAAGCAAGCAAGCAAGCACAGGGGCUUAGCUUAGCUUGGCUUGUGUGUUGUGUGCGCGCGAGGGAGACAGCCGGCCGAGAAAGAUGGCGAUGCCGUAUGCCUCUCUUUCCCCGGCACGCGACCGCCGCUCCUCCCCCGCCGCCACCGCCACCGCCACCGCCUCCCGCCUCCCCUUCUGCCGCUACUACCCCUUCUCCGCCGGCAAUGGCGCGGGGGAGAAGGCGCGGGCGGACGGGGGGUGGCUGGCGAGGCCGGUGCCCUUCACGGCAGCGCAGUACAAGGAGCUGGAGCACCAGGCCCUCAUAUACAAGUACCUGGUGGCCGGCGUUCCCGUCCCGUCGAAUCUCGUGCACCCCAUCCGCCGCGGCGUCGAAGACCUCGCCGCCCGCGUCUACCACAACUACCUCGGCAGUACGUCAGCACAACAUGUUAGGAGUGAAUUAUUCCGGGGCAAGAAGGUGGAUCCAGAGCCGGGGCGGUGCCGGCGCACGGACGGCAAGAAGUGGCGGUGCGCCAAGGAGGCCUUCUCCGACUCCAAGUAUUGCGAGCGCCACAUGCACCGCGGCCGCAACCGUUCAAGAAAGCCUGUGGAAACGCAGCUCGUCCCCCACUCCCAGCCGCCGCCGGCCGCCUCCGCCGUGCCGCCCCUCGCCACCGGCUUCCAGAGCCACUCUCUCUACCCCGCCAUCGGUGGUGGUGGAGGCGGGGGGAACAGCAUGUCCAGCACCUUCUCCUCCGCGUUGGGGCCCCCUCAGCCGCACAUGGCUCCCUACGCGGCUCUCGGCGGCGGCGGAACAUGCAAAGAUUUCAGGUACACCGCAUAUGGAGUAGGAUCUUUGGCAGACGAGCACAGUAAGCUCAUCACAGAAGCCAUCAACACCUCCAUGGAGAGCCCAUGGUGCCUGCCGCCAUCGUCUGAAACGACCACAUUCCCGCUCCCAAGCUACCCUCCUCAGCUUGGGGCAACGAGUGAAUUGGGUCAGAACAACAACAGCAAUAGUAACAGCAAUGCUGCCAAGGCCGAGCGACAGCAGCAGCAACCGCUUGGCGACUUCGACAGCGGCGCCAUCAACCCCAUGGAGCAGGACAACCAGACCCUGCGGCCGUUCUUCGACGAGUGGCCCAAGGCGAGGGACUCGUGGUCGGACCUGACGGAUGACAACUCUAGCCUCGCCUCCUUCUCGGCCACCCAGCUGUCGAUGUCGAUACCCGACUUCUCCGUCGCCAGCUCCCAGUCGCCCAACAGUAUGUUGUUCGCCGGUGAGAUGUACUAGGCCGGUAGCAUCAGUUUCGUCGUGGUCGUCGUCCCCUUUCUCCAUAAGUUGACACUACCUACACCGGCUGAAAACUGACUUGAACUGAAUGUGGAUCGUUCUGCUGGCCCUCGAAGCCAUCCACUGUGCUUGCCGUAGCACCUCAACCUUAUAUGGUUCUAUAGUUUAUCAGUAUUUGCCGUGUGAGAUUUGUACCGACAAGAACAAGAAUGAAAAGCUUCAUCCUGGCAUCGUUUUCCUUGA